GCGCCGCCCGGCACCCGCCGCAACAUGGCGGCCGCGCGCUGUCUUGGGUGGCCGCUGUCACCUCUAUUGAGAUUGUGGCAGGUCCCGGGAUUGCCUCAAAAUUCAGCCGCGGGCUUGUGCCCUGGGGUGAGGACUUACUCCCGCACCGCCCUCUAUGAGCUGCUGGGAGUCCCCUCCACGGCCACACAGGCACAGAUCAAAGCGGCGUACUACCGGCAGAGCUUCCUCUACCAUCCUGAUCGCAAUCCUGGGAGCACCGAGGCCGCCGAACGCUUCACACGCAUCUCCGAAGCUUAUCUGGUCCUGGGCAGCUCCAUCCUCCGUCGCAAGUAUGACCGAGGUUUGCUCAGCGACCAGGACCUGCGGGGACCCGGUGUCAAGCCCUCUAGGAAGCCCGUGGCGGAUCCCACUCCUCCCCGCCCCCGUCCCUAUACCCCUCGUACUCACGAUGGCUUUCGGUCCUCUCCCGGUGACGGCCGCACUAUGUUCGACUUUGACGCCUUCUACCAGGCGCACUACGGAGAACAGCUAGCGAGAGAGCGGCGUCUGCGCGCUCGGAAGGAAGCCCUUCGCAAAAAGCAAGAGGGCAGAACCAACAAGGGUCUCCGCUGGGACGAUACCCGAGAUGCCACUUUCUUUGUCGUCCUUUUCCUUAUCUUCGUCUACGUCGGCUUUCGUAUUUAAUCGGAGAAAAGGAGGGAAGGGAAAUCAGCCCAAGAAACGUGCCUUUCUUGACCCUUGAACUUACUGGUCUUGGAUUGAAUUGGCUACCUCUAGUGGCAUUCUCCUGACCCUCCUAGCACCCUCCAGCCUGUCCGGUGAUCAGCACACCCGUCUCCUAUGGUCCAGAAAAAGGGGCCUCUUCAGUGGCCAAGAAAGAGGCCCCAGGAUAAAGAUUGCCGAAAACCAGAAAUUGAAGUGCUUUCCAGAGUCCCCUGGAUGCCUGCUUGUUUCUAGAAGUUGCCUUCCAGGUGUCAAUCCCCGUAACUUGCUCUGGUUUUAUCCAGUGAGCAAGAUUUGCCCUGUCCCCUGCCACAUGUUUGUACCAUGGUGCCAAGCUUCCACUGUAACCUUUGAACCGUUCAAUACCACUGGUUGAUUGUCUGAUGCCAAAAAGAUUUAAUUCUUAUGGGCCCUGCAUGAAAUUUAUUUUUCUGUGUUAACGGAAGAGACAUGUAGCUCGGUGAGAGAAUGCUCGAAUGCAACAGCACUGCAUUUAGUCCCAGGCUUUGCUGUCUUCUUGCGUCCCCGCUUCUCCACCAUGAAAAAAAUUGGUGAAAGGUUGCCAUUUUUCCUCAGAUCUGUUCCACACCACCUAACAUCGUUCAGGAUGGAGAGAACAAA